CACUAUGGAAACGCUGAAGGCUUUUGUCAACCAGCGACUGACUGCGGCUGUAGAAGACAUCUUCGGGCUGUUGGAAACAACCAUAUCAAACUACGAAGAAGAGAUUGGUCGCCAGCGCAGGCUGCUGGAGGAUGUUGUCGAAUCUGACAUCCACGUUAACCAAGCAGAUGUCCAAAAACUGAUUGUUAAGAAAGAAGAGCAGCAGGAGUGGAGCAGCAGUCUGGACCAGCAGGACCCAGAGCUUCCACACAUUAAAGAGGAACAGGAGGAACUCUGGAGCAGUCAGGACGGGAAGCAGCUUCAAGGACUGGAAGAAAGUGACAUCACCAAAUUCCCAUUCACUGCUGUGUCCGUGAAGAGUGAAGAUGAUGAUGAGAAAGCUCAGCCCCCACAGCUUCAUCAAACACAAACUGAGACUCCAGCUUGCAGCACAGCCCAACAGAUGGAGACAGAAAGGGACAGCAGCCACCAGCUGCUAUCUUUACACUGUUUUGAAUCAGAGACUGAGGAUAAUAAUAAUGAUUGGAAGGAGUCAAGAGAUCAAGAGUCAGGUUCAGACACACUGAUAAAUAAGAGCACUUUGAAUCAUAUUAAGUCCCACAUCCGCGAGAGGCCGUUUAGUUGCACAGUUUGUGAUAAAAAAUUUGGCUGCAAAGGAAAUCUGCACGCUCACAUGAGAAGCCACACAGGAGAAAAGCCUUUCACCUGUACAGUUUGUGACAAAAGUUUUAGUGCAAAGGUCAAUCUGAAGACUCAUAUGAGAAGUCAUACUGGGGAGAAACCGUUUAGUUGCUCAGUAUGUAACAAGAGUUUUAGUCAGAAGAAGACGUUAGUGAUACACUUGAGAAGUCACACAGGGGAGAAACCGUUUAGUUGCUCAUUCUGUGGAAAAAGGUUUAGUGAAAAGGGAACGCUGAAGAGACACACAAGAGUUCACACAGGAGAGAAACCGUACAGCUGCAGUGUUUGUGGGCGGGAUUUUAGUUUGCUGUCACAUGUUAAAAGCCAUAAAUGUACCGGUGCAAGCAGUAAGAAGUGAAUCUGCAUCAUUCAUUUGUUCAUUCUCCUUAACCGUUAAUUUUAAUUUUGGUCAUGAAUCAGAGGGGCUGGAGCCGAUCCCUGCUGACAUUGGGAGAGAGGUAGAGUAAACCAGAAAACCAUUCACACUCUCAUUUUGUUAAGUAAUGUCACUUAAACUUCACCAGUUGCUCCCUGGUGCACCUAGGCAAAUUAAUACCAUUAUAGACAGAAGACACAAGGGCUUGCAGUAUGCUAAUUUCAAGUAUACACAUAUAUCCGUUAAUUAUAGAGGUGUGAAUCAGCAGAGGCCCCACGAUACGAUUUUAUCCUGAUACUUGAGUCACGAUACAAUAUUAUUUCGAUUUUAAGCAUUUUGCGAUAUGGUGAGUAAUGGGAUACAAUUUAUUGGAAUUCAACCGUUUAACUGCAUUUCUGUCCACAAAAUUAAAUUCAAUCAGGAAUUAUUUUGUCAAAUAAGAGACAAUUCUCAGUCUAUUCAUCUCACUUCAGUCUUUUUAUUUCUCCACAAUGAGAGUCAAACCCACAGACUGACCAACAAAGUAUUCAAUCAAACUGAACUGAACUGAUAUCAAACAUGUAUGGACGACAACAACUUGCAGUAUUUUAUCAAACUUUCCUCAACUUUAAGCUUCACUGCUCUGAUUUUUUUUUUAUGUAACAUAAAAAAAACCCUAACUUUGCAUCGUUACUUAGACAACUUCCCGAUUCGAUAUCCUGACACACAUGGUGCCUAUAUAUUCCUUAGAUCUUUUAGUUUCAUAUGAUAUAGAUAUAUAAAAUUAAGCCCGCUACAGUCUCUGGAAAAACAAAAAAACUGCGAAAAGAAGCUGACCACCCACCGGCCCUCUGGAUGCUAAAUAUCAAUACCUGGCAGCCAUGAUUUGGUAUAAUAUUGCCACACAAAAUAUCGCGAUACUAUGCUGUAUCAAUUUUUUCCCCCACCUCUAGUUAAUUACAGCCCGAAGGUGUAACAACACAUACACAGAUAUCAUUAAUCUUACCGUAAGGCUUUUGUACUUCCUGCUGCUGACAAUCUGGAUGUUUUUCUGUCUUCUAUCAUUUCAUAACUUCCAAAACAUCGAUUGAAGGUCAUGGUCAUGUGCAGCUUUUCAGCCUUUCCCUUUCCUGCUGAGACUUCUCCAGAAUCUCUGAAUCAUUUAAUGAUGUUAUGGACUGUUGAUGGUGUGUUCCCUAAAUUCCCUGCUUUUUCACACAGUGUCGAACCUUGGCCCAUCCUUGUUUGUUGUCUGCUGUGAACAACAUUUUUACUAUAGCGAAAGACAAGAGUUACUUAGAAAACCUGAUGGUUGAACAUACAAAAAUUUGUGCAGAAUAUGCCAGCGUGUGACAGUGAAUUAAUUUGCAAUGAUAAACAAUGCAAUU